AUGGGUAAACCCCGCGGUAUACGUACGGCUCGUAAGCACGUGAACCACCGUCGUGAGCAGCGAUGGGCGGACAAGGAGUUCAAGAAAGCCCACAUGGGUACAAGAUGGAAGGCCAAUCCAUUUGGUGGAGCCUCACACGCUAAGGGCAUCGUUUUGGAGAAGGUAGGUGUUGAAGCCAAACAGCCUAACUCGGCUAUUCGCAAGUGUGUCAGAGUUCAACUGAUCAAAAACGGCAAGAAAGUAACGGCCUUCGUACCUCGUGAUGGUUGCCUUAACCACAUUGAAGAGAAUGACGAAGUAUUAGUAGCAGGAUUCGGUCGUAAGGGUCAUGCUGUUGGUGACAUUCCCGGAGUUCGGUUUAAGGUUGUCAAAGUUGCAAAUGUGUCGUUGCUAGCUCUGUACAAGGAGAAAAAGGAGAGGCCCAGGUCAUAG